CACUGUAUAUAGACUACAUCAUGCACUUCAUUGCGAUCUGGACGGCAGAAACGAGGCGAGUAAGACGACAUGUUCUCUAAAUUUUCACCACAAUGUGGUGCUUUGUAAGUGAAAGUCCAUCUGUUGUGAGAGAAUACAGAAUACCUCAUUCGGAGUUAGGACAAGUUUUAUACGACAAAGUAUGUGAGGACCUGGGCUUGUUGGAGAAGAGUUACUUUGGUCUCCGCUAUCGCUCCAAGCGAGGAGAGCUCCUGUGGCUCAAUCUGAGAAACCCUCUCGUUGUUCAACUUAGGGGGCGCUCUCCACACCGACUCAGUCUUCAGGUCAAGUUCUUUGUUUCUCCGCAGGAACUUCAGCAGCCAAUCACAAGACAUAUCUUCUACCUCACACUGAAGAACAGACUCCUCCUCGGUCACUAUGCGGUCACAAACGAGGAGAAGAUCAAACUCUUUGGCCUUAUUGCCCAAGCAGAGCUGGGAGACGCUGACCAGACCCUACCCACCCAGUACCACACUAUCCUGCCAGAUCUCAGUGAGGAGACAAUAAAUGAAGUCCUGACGGCUCAUCGUGAGGUCAUGUCGGACACCAUGACCCCGACGUACGCAGAGAUCCAGUUCAUCGGCAACGUGAGCAAACUGCCCGGGUACGGUGUGGAGUACUUCUGUGCAGAGACCAAGGAGAGGGUCCAGGCUGUUAUAGGUGUCUGUACUACAGGGUUGCAGAUCCUAACACAGGCUAGGGAACUUAUGCACAGUAUCAAAUAUGAAGACAUCAGUAAAGUUUCCUAUCAUCAGAACCACUUCUCAGUCCACUACUACCGAUCAUCGGGAGGCACGGGGGUGGAAGACGUCCUUACAGCGCUCAAGUUCCGCCUCAGCUCCAGGAAGAUCGCUCAGGCUCUGUUCAGAGCAUUCACAGAGUCACAUACAUUCUUUAGGUGUGAGAGCGUUGAGCGGGUUGUGAGGCAGCAGCAUUCACACACAGGGUUUGGGUCGUUCCUCGUCCUGAUGAAACCGGACACCUCGAGGGGCAAGGUGUUCAGGUUCGAUGUCGGUCACACCAGACGCCAGGCCUACGACAGCGCAUGGAGGAAAUUACACCCUGGAAACAGCCCUACACAAGAUCAACGAUGGUCCUUGGACCUGGAGAACUAUGGUGCGCAGCGCACAUGGCCAGUGUCUAGUACGUUAAGAAGCACGCAUUCCCAAGAGAUUCUACUGAGCAGACAGCCGACGGGUAGCCAGCCUCCUGUACAGAUCCCUAAACCACCCAGCGCUACUCAAGAAGAUGAUUCCAGUCCGGAUUCAACUCCCGAAGGCACUCUACCGCACAAGGCCAGCAGACAUGAUGGAGGUAGCCCGAUGAGUGCAGGUCCAGCCGAGGAGGAGAUGAUGGAAAAGCUUCAAGAUCAGCUCUCUAACCUCCAGGAAUCGAGGCUCUGUCAGGUUUGCCUGGAUAAUGAGAUGACCACCGUGUUCUGUCCGUGUGGUCACAUGUUCUGUUGCGAGACGUGCUCCAAAGAGUGUAACCGGUGUCCGGUUUGCAGAGCUGAGGUUAUCUAUGUCCAGAGAGUCUUUUUCUCCUGAAGCCGAAUAUUGCCUUCUAUUACAGACUGAAAAGAGUUCUUUAUUUAUUAGUCUGACAGGCCUUUAAUUAAUUUGAAAGACUGAUAAUGAUAGUCUACUCGAAAGAAAGGGCCUCUGUGAGUUUUUUUAUUUAUUAGUCUGACAGGGCUCUUGCUACGUCUGUUUGGAGCCAAA